ACUCUAACCAAUCGUGUUCCGGCUUUUUUCCCCUCCGAUGUUGCAGUUUUUACCAUGACCUAAGACCGUAAGGCUUAAUGGAGCUGAAAUACAUGGACCUAGGUACACUUGUAAGCGGCCCGUGCUCGCGUUAGCAUUAGUGACCGCGACUUCUACAUAGGCUUUAUCGAUAACCAAAAACGUCGAUCCUCAAAGCUACGACGCAGACCUUAUCCUUGUGCUUGGUCCGAACCAAACCAAUUCACUUUCGUAACUGAGCCAAUUGGUUUAUCGGCAGCCUCUUCUUCUCCCUUUCACUCCAUUAUAUUACAACUCUCCUUCGACUCUCAUCUGUGAGUCACUUUCGACAACAAUGUCGACAAAGCAACCGUCGCGUGUCGUCUUCGUCGGAAACAUUCCCUAUGGAUUAUCGGAAGAGCAGAUCACCGACAUCUUCAGCACUGCUGGCAAAGUCCUAAACUUCCGUCUCGUUUAUGAUCGUGAUACCGGUCGGCCCAAGGGCUUUGGAUUUGCAGAGUACCCCGACGCAGACUCGGCAGCCUCAGCAGUUCGCAACCUAAACGAUUACGAAAUCAUGGGACGGAAGCUCCGUGUCGACUACAGUACGGAAGGUCGAGUCGAUGGCGAUGACUCUAACAGCGCAUCCACGACUACUGGCCAGCCCGCAAAUGGCGCUUCGUAUAUCGUCCCUCAGGCUGUUCCCGCGGGCUCACUACCCCCUCUCCCACCCGGAAAAGAGUUGCCUGCUGGAGUGAGCGCUACCGAUGCUAUCUCUAGAACGCUCAACACUCUACCCCCCAGCCAGCUUCUCGAUAUUCUCUCUCAGAUGAAAUCUCUAGCAACGACCGACCCAGGCCGCGCGACGGAACUACUACAGCAGGCGCCACAGCUAUCUUACGCUAUCUUCCAAGCUCUAUUAUUAAUGGGUCUUGUCUCCCCCGAAGCUAUACAUUCUGUUGUCGAUUCUUCGGCUGCACCGCCCCCAGUUCAACAAUCCGUACCCGGGUAUCCCCCCGCCUACACGGGCGCCACGACGGUCACACCCCCAGUCGCUGCACCGUAUGCGCCGCCUGCUGCAGCAACUGCUCAGCCUGGAUAUGCGCCUCCUACAGCUAGCGCGCCGGCCAUGGCACCGCAGCAGGAUACGGAGGCCCUAAUGCAGGCAGUCAUGAACUUAUCACAAGAGAUGAUCGAUCAGCUUCCCGAGGCGGAGCGCCAACAGAUUUUGACUCUAAGAGCGGGGAUGAUGGCCCAAAGACGCUAGGCACCUUGGUAGCCAUGAGAUAUAGUCAUUUUCUGUCAAUUUUCUCAUACCCCACGGACAGUUCAAGUUGGCGUUCAGGUUACGGUUCAGGUACAAAGGCAUUCGGAACACAAGGCAUCGC